UACUCUCGUGAGAGUUGGCCCUAUAAGCCCGUGUGAGGCGGCCGAGCAGGCCCUUUUCGCUUCCCUUUUCCCAAGAUGGCGCCGAAGGCGAAGAAGGAGGCUGUCCCCGCUAAGACAGAGGCAAAAUCCAAGGCUCUGAAGGCUAAAAAGGCCGUUUUGAAAGGAGUCCACAGUCACAAGAAGAAGAAAAUCAGGACAUCUCCCACCUUCAGGAGGCCCAAAACUUUACGAUUACGGAGACAGCCCAAAUAUCCUAGGAAGAGUGCUCCUCGGAGGAACAAGCUUGACCACUAUGCCAUCAUCAAGUUCCCUCUGACCACAGAGUCAGCCAUGAAGAAGAUAGAGGAUAACAACACCCUGGUCUUCAUUGUAGAUGUCAAGGCCAACAAACAUCAGAUCAAGCAGGCUGUCAAGAAACUGUAUGAUAUUGAUGUGGCCAAGGUCAACACAUUGAUCCGGCCUGAUGGUGAGAAGAAGGCUUAUGUCCGUCUUGCUCCAGACUAUGAUGCAUUGGAUGUAGCCAACAAGAUUGGAAUAAUCUAAAGUGCAUCCACCAAGAGCUGGGCAGAUGAGAUAAUAAACUUUGUAAAACCACUUGUGGGCUCUUGUGUUCUGUAACGGAGGGCUCUCUGGGAGACUUUUGGAGCACUUUGCACAAUUUCAGUGGCUUGAAGCAUACAUAAAGACUGUAUGGGGCAAUAGCUCAGUUUCAUGCAACAUUACGGAAGUGGAAGACUAUAAAUGCCAUUUCCGAGGUGGGACUGUAACGCUAUCCCAAACACCUGCAGCAUGGCAGGCUUCCCAGGAGCGAGUCUACAGGAAUUUGGUGGUGGUGAAGCACAGGAAGAGGUACAGGGACAUCUCCACCCCAGCUCAUUAUUCUCCUUGCACAAGACUUAAAUCUCUGUCUGUUCUGUUCAACACGCGGCUCUUGUCUUACCCCUGGCUACUCUUGCAACACAUUGAUGCUGCUUUAAUUACAUGGAGUGUAAAUACCAAUGGCUUCUGAUGCUGCUGUUCCCACUUUACCCCUAGGCUCAGUCAGACCCUGUUCAAAGUGCUCUGUGCAGCACGUUUCACAGAGAAUAAAAAGUUCUUCAUG